AUGUUUGGUCUUAUAAUUUCCUUAUUUGGUGUUACUAUCAUAUCUGGUAUUAUUGCUGCUUAUGUAUCAAAAAAAACAUCCAAAAGAGUUGUAACAAAUAUUUCAAUUGUUACAACUAAUCGUGAUGCCAAAAUAUUAUCAUUAUUAUCAUGUUUUGGUGGUGGUGUAUUUUAUGCAGUUUGUUUUCUUGAUAUAUUUCCACAUAUAACAGAAUUAUAUGAAAAAUUAAAAGGAAAAAUAGAAUAUGAUAUUCAUUUACCAGUUACACAACUUUUAAUAUGUUUUGGUUUCUUUUUUGUUUACCUUAUUGAGGAAAUAAGUAUUAAAUUGAUAGGUGGUAAUAAUCAUUCACAUAAUCAUGUUUCUAUUGAUAUUCAAAGACCUUUGAAUGAGGAGAGAAAUUCUUUCAUUGAAAUGAAUUCAAGACGACAUAGUUUAAAAAAUAAUGAAAGAAGGUUAUCUGCACAAAUUGUUAAUGUUAUAUCAACAGAAGAUAAUAGUCAUAAUACUUCACUAUUUAAGGCUAUCCUUUUUGCAUCUAUAAUGAGUUUUCAUUCAAUUUUAGAAGGUAUUGCUUUAGGUGUUAAAGAUGAUAGUAAAAGUAUGCUUAUAAUGUUUGGAUCAUUAUUAAUACAUAAAUCUAUUGAAUCAUUUAGUGUUGGUUUACAAGUAUCAAAAGAAAAUUCAUCAAAAAUGAAAAUGAUUAUAAUAACAUUAUUAACAUAUAGUUUUAUGACACCACUUGGAGCUGGUAUUGGAGCUUUUCUUCAAAAUCUUACAAUUGAUGAAACAACAAAAAUAUCAAUAAUAUUAUUUUUAGAAUGUUUAGCAGCAGGAACAUUUAUUUAUGUAACAUUUAUGGAAAUUAUUGCUAUAGAAAGAGAGAAUGAACAUGAUAGUAUACAACAAUUAUUAGCUAUAAUAGCUGGUUUUGUAGUGAUAACAUUACUACAAAUCUAUACACAUCCGGAUUAUUGA